ACAGAGCGAGGUACAAGUUGUCCAUAAAAAAUCAGGCUCCUCUGCUCUCUCUAUAUAAACACCCACAAAUAAAUCAUUACAUCAACACUAUCAAGUCUCAAGGAAAAGCUCUCAAGUUCUUAUUCUGUACAAUUUCAGUUUGCUCUACUAAGUUAAAUGGGCAUUCGUGUAGCAGACAUUGUUCUUCAUCAUGCUAAGCAAAUUGUCCGAAGACAUAAGAGGUCUCAACAUUUCAAGUACCAAUUCUUAUAUAUACCACUUGCAUCGACAAUAACAGCAACAACAACGUUGGAUGUUCCGAAAGGCUGUUUUGCGGUUUAUGUCGGAGAGGAAGACGAGGAGAAGAAGCGGUUUGUGAUUCCGGUUUCCUACUUGAACCACCCUUCAUUCCAAGAUUUGUUGAGUCAGGCUGCCGAAGAGUUUGGUUUUGAUCAUCAAGUGGGUGGCCUUAGAAUUCCUUGCAGUGAAAGGCAUUUUACGGACCUCACUUUCCGUUUAAAUAUUAGAUAAGUUCUGAGACUACAUAGGAAGUUAAUU